CUAGUACGCAGGUUUCUGGCGUCUGGCACAAACGUCAGCUCUCGCCAGUUCGGUAAAGGAACGCAUCGCGGCCGCAAAAAUGACGCGCGCCGUGCUUUUUAUAAGUGUAUUUACCAUAUUUUUGGACGCGCUGCAUGCUGGACAGGCUAGCAGUGGGGCGGAGCCUCAAGUAGCCGUGCUCUGCGAGGCGGGGGGCACCUACCACCCUCAGUACAUGUCAGCUGCUGGACGAUGGACGCCCGACCUCACGACCAAACCUCAUAACUGCCUGAAGGACAAGAUGGAGAUCCUGGAUUAUUGCAAGAAGGUGUACCCGAGCCACGACAUCACUAACAUCGUGGAAGCCUCCCACUACGUAAAGGUCAGCAACUGGUGCAAGCUGGGUACCGGCAACGCGGCCAAGUGCAAGGUCACUCGAUGGGUGAAGCCAUUCCGCUGUCUUGAAGGUCCAUUCCAAUCGGAUGCGCUGCUGGUGCCUGAGAGCUGCCUGUUCGACCACAUCCACAACCAGUCGCGGUGCUGGCAGUUCGCGAGGUGGAACGCCACGGCCGGACGAGCAUGCGCCCAACGAGGACUGAAGCUCAGGACCUUCGCUAUGCUCCUGCCUUGCGGAAUCAGCCUGUUCUCUGGCGUUGAGUUCGUCUGCUGUCCUAAGCAUUUCAAGGAAAACGUGAAGAUGCACAAGCCCAUGGAUGUAGGAGUCCCCGUCAGCCCCGGAGGUGAAGAGAUGCUGGCUGCCUCAGCGGCGAUGGAUGAACGCGAUGAUGAUCUUCUGGAUGAUGAUGACGCUUUGGAUGACGAUGAUGAUGACGACACCCUGAACCUUAGCGACGAUGACGAUGAUGAUGAUGCUGACGACGAUAUGGAUGAAGACGAAGAUGCAGAUCUGUCUCGUGACGACGACGCGGAAGAUGACGACUAUACGGACGGUGACGACAACUCCUGGCCACGACCUGAGACCUCUUCCCAGCCUUCCACCACCACCACAUCUACCACUACCACUACCACCACUACGGCAUCUUCCGCUACCUCCGACCCUUACUUCUCCCAUUUCGACCCUCGCACUGAACAUCAGAGCUACAAGGAUGCGCAACAGAGGCUGGAGGAGACGCACCGUGAGAAGAUCACCAAAGUGAUGAAGGAAUGGUCAGAGCUCGAAGACCGUUACCAGCAGAUGAUGAACAACGACCCCGCCGCCGCUCAGACCUUCCGCCAACGCAUGACCGCCAAGUUCCAGUCCAAUAUUCAGACCCUCGAGGAGGAAGGUGUAGCUGAACGCCGUCGAUUGGCUGCUCUGCAUCAACAGCGCGUGUUGGCUCACCUCGCUCAGCGUCGUCGCACCGCCUUGUCCUGCUACACUCGCUCUCUCCGGGAUACCCCUCCUAAUGCUCACCGCGUCCAGAAAUGCCUGCAGCGACUGGUACGAGCCCUGGCCGCCGAACGUAGCGGAGCCCUGGCUGCGUGGCGUCGCGCCGCCGCUAACGGACGUGAAGCUGCUGCUGCUGAGCGAUCCAGUGCUGCUGACCGUCUUCAGGAUGCCGAUCGUGCCCUUCAACGUGCUCUCUCCGCUCUCCGCCGCCGUCCCCACCUCUACGCCAACAUUGGAACUGCCAUCGAAGAUUACGUUCAGUCGAUGCAAUCCAAGGACGAUAUGGCGGUGUCCCUGAUGGCAAUGACUCCUGAGGCUGAGGAACUGCUCCUGGACCGCAUUGAAGCCGAGGUGCAGCGUGAACAAGCAGCCCGUGACCAGCUCAACGCCAAGCGAGACCAGCGCACCCGUCAGCGACAGGACAUCCAGAACGAACGAGUUAAGACCUCAAACGGCGUGAAAGAAAGCUUGGAAGCCGACGACGAAGCGAGCGAGGCUAGUGAGAUCGAGGACAUCUCUUCGAGCAGCACCCGCGGCCCCGUCCCCUCCGCCUCGGCCCCUCCCUCCGCGUCCCCCUCGGCGUCCGCUAGUGCGUCACCGCUGCCGUCCGCGGCAUCCGUCACGCCACAUGACCUGACCACUCAUGCUGCCUUCUCACAGGAGACUACCACUACCGAAAUCAUUACGAGCACGGUGACUGACGCACCUGAGAGCGAAACUGCUGAGACCGGAGAGGUCAGCGAGACUUCCAGCCGACGAUCCACUAGCGAGCAGACGGAAGGCGAGGGCCUGCGCGCGGCGCUGGAGCACGCGGAGGAGCGCGCGCCGCCGCCGCCCGCGCACGCGCUCAAGCACGAGCUGCAGCACUCGCAGCCUGGCUACACAGUCCGUGGUGCAGGACUGGCCAACGGCCCCGGGUCAGCAAGCGCACUGUACCCGGCGCUGUGCGUGGGCGGCGCGGCGCUGGCGGCGGCUGCUUGCGUGGCGCUGGCCGUCGCACGUCGUCGUGACCGCGCGCCGCCCGCUCAGGGCUUUGUGCAGGUUGAACAAACCGGCGCCGUCGCCCCCACCCCUGAGGAGCGACACGUAGCCAACAUGCAGAUCAAUGGCUACGAAAACCCAACAUACAAGUACUUCGAGGUCAAAGAGUAAAUUCCCACCUUUUACCAUCCCUCCUCCCCCUUCUCCCUCCCCCUACACCCCGCUAGGAGUGCGCGGCUCGUCAAGUCCAGCCAAGUGACCUGACUAUUAUAUUUCGCCAGGUGUACUUCGGACAGGAGUGUUAUUGGUUGUUGUGGUGUCCUUUCGGCCAAUUCCUCCGUCUAUUUCCUUCGAAGCUACACAAAAGCGUUCUAAACCUUGAAUCUCAUUUCUUAUACUAAUCAUAAGUUUCUUCAUGAAUACAAUGCUUAUAGGCGCUGCUUGAUGAAGCCUCGAAGGAAAUGGACAGAAUUCUAAAUUCUUGUGAUGUGUGCUAGAUGCCCCUAGAGACAGGGUGUUUUUCUACCCUACACCUUUAUCUAUUGUCCUCAGCGUAAUUCUUUAUGGAAUGAAUGUGUGUGAAACUUAUAUAUUGUUCGGCGAGGCCGCACUCCCGGCGGGGAGGUCUUUUUGUUAUAAACAUUCAUUUAUAUGAAGCUUGUGUGAUUAGUGGGAAUAUUCGUUUGCGGUAACGCGGUCAGUCAUACUGUUAAGGUUAGAAGUGAUAACGGUUUAUUUUUUGUUAUUUAUUUUGCACCAAAAUAUUUAUUAUUAUUUUAAGGACUUAGAUCUAAGUUUUUUGUCUAGUGUCCUAGAAUUCAUAAGUGUCACUGUAGUCGAGUUUUUUAAAUUAAGUUUUUGAUGCCGCUCCGGCAGUGGUGACGUCCGACGGACUCCUUGGUCCUUUGGUGCGUUUUGUUAGUCGUUACUCGAAUGAUCUCAGUUUUAGUCUGUCUAUCGUUUAGCUAUAGUUUCCCAGUUUGCUUCGUUGAAUGUCACCACUGGGGCGAGUGGAACAAACGUCCAUGGUACGCUGUGUAUAUAGGCUCCGCGUACAAAUUUGAACCUAAAUUACUUACACUUAAUGCCCGCUUUCAUUUACUUUUCUAACGUAGGUAGAACAUAACGUGAAUUUUAUGUAAUAAAUGCGAAAAUAUAUUUUAAUAAUUAAUGUGUACUUAGCGAUGGGACGGGCGGCAUAGCCGGCGCGGGUGAACGAUUUUCUAUUCAGUCUUCGAUUAUUCUGAAACAUUCCUUCAUAAUAAUUUAGUAAUGAUAAGUUGUCGAUGAAUCUUUCUCUCUGUCAUGGUCGCUACGUAUACUUCCCGUUCGCCCGCGGGACAAUACUCAAGUUCCCGACGUGGAGGACCGCCGUGUACUCAACGUGCGUUUUGUAUUUAGUAUCGACUCGCACGACUGUUCCCGCAUCAGUGGCGUCGUGCUCACAUCUGUUUAUCUAGUCAAGGCAACAGGGGCAUCUAUAUUUGGCAGUUUUCGGCAAACGGUUGUGUACGCACCUUGGGUACGCGGUCGCGAGGCAAAUAAGCUUAGUGAGUGUAUGUACGGUUAAUAUAUAAGUAGAUGUACAAAAAGUAAUACAUUAUAUAGAUGUUUUAGCGUCAGAUACAUAGAUAUAAAGCAAAAUAUAAUUAUAUAUCGCAUUCGUCCGUAUAAAGUAAGGGCUUGCGCUCGUGUCUAAUCCCACGUACCACACUUAAUGUUACGUCGUAGUUAAGAUGUAAUUCUGCCUCAGUAUUAUAUACAUUUAAGCUUAUUUGUUACAUAAGCUAAUUUAUAUACACUAUUUCUAUUUGUUUACGGGCGUAGUGGCGUUACUACAAAUGAAGUCAUAUCAGAUGCGCCACGGCGCUCUGUUGCUCCUAUUUCGCUGCGCAUAACAGUUAGCGUCAAGCGAGUGCAGAUGGUUGUUUACAAACUUAGUUCGCGGUUUGGAUAACAGAUGGUGCUGUUGGCAUCACGUAGCGAAACAGGUGCGAGUAGGCGCCCGCCCGUGCUUAUCGUACGGCAUUUACGUAAGUUACUCACUGUGUAUAACGUAAGUUUAAUCCCGCAUCAAGUAACCGCUAUGUAUUUUUAAUAAUGAUGGUAACGAGCCAACCACUUAUUUUUUUAACAAAACUUUUUGCUCAAAAUCAGCUGUUUCUCGUCGGUAUAGGAUGUCUACUUUCAAUCGAUUUAAAUUUAUUGUCGUUCGUCAACAAUAUUCGAUGUUAGUAGUACCUAAAACCUGGUUUCCGUACCUUUUCCAAUCACUGUUUCACGUAUUUUAAUAAGUAUUCUACAUAAUAAUAAAUGGUUUGAUGAUUUUUGUGUUUACUGUGCUGCAUUUUAUUGUGAGUUCGAAGUUCAAAUUGAAUCAAUAAAUAGAAAUUUAAA